AUCUUAGCGGUCUCGAAUUGACGGAAGUCGUUGAGCUGCCAUUGUAGUUUGAUAGUUUGGAAACAGUGUAUGUAAUUAAGAUCCGAAAUAACCAGUUAAAGCUGUUUAAGUGUAGUGAUAUUAGUUGUAUAAAAUAUUAUGCGAAUGUUGAGAAUACCACAAGAAAUGGAUGAAGAUGAAAAAGGGAAACUUUUUGUUGGUGGUCUAUCUUGGGAGACAUCCCAAGACAAUCUUCAAAGGUAUUUUUCAAGAUAUGGGGAAGUUAUUGAUUGCGUUGUUAUGAAGAAUGCAGAAUCAGGACGAUCACGAGGAUUUGGAUUUGUGACUUUUGCAGACCCUGCAAAUGUAAAUGCUGUCUUACAAAAUGGACCACAUACUUUAGAUGGAAGGACUAUUGACCCAAAACCCUGCAAUCCGCGAACGUUACAAAAACCGAAGAAAGGGGGCGGUUAUCCUAAAGUAUUCUUGGGAGGGUUGCCUUCUAACAUUACAGAAACAGACCUAAGGACAUUCUUCACUCGCUAUGGCAAAGUGAUGGAAGUUGUUAUUAUGUAUGAUCAAGAAAAGAAGAAAUCAAGAGGUAAACUGUUAUGGUCUUGAAUAUUUAAUAUUUAUUUCAUAAAGGCAACAGCUUUAAGCCAAUAUGUACGUUUCNAUUUCGUAAACUUAAAUGGCAAACAGGUGGAGAUUAAGAAAGCAGAGCCUCGAGACGGUUCGGGAGGUAAUAAGAUGGGGGGCACUGAUGCCAGUAACUGGGGUCCCCCACAGGCACCAAUGGGUAUGAUGCAAGGCCCUAACGGUCAAAUGGGAGGUCCUCCAAUGAACUUAGGGGCACCAAUGGGCCCUAAUAUGAUGCAGAGUUAUCAAGGGUGGGGCACAUCACCUCAGCAGCAGAGUUAUCCAGGUUACGGGACACCAUCUGGUCCUGGUUCAUAUCAGGGCUGGGGUGCGCCUCCCGCCCCCCAAGGACCUCCUCCUCAGUGGGGUAACAACUACGGAGGACCUCCUCAACAACAAGGCUACGGAUCUUAUGGAAAUCUUGGUCCUGGUACGGGAAGCGGUGCUAACUGGAAUAGUUGGAAUAUGCCGCAAAACAACCAGUCGACUGGCCCUUCAGGUUAUCUUGCAGGGGACAUGUAUUCCCGACAACAGUCGGGCCCGGGUGCACCGACCACUCCUACUGCGCCUCACAACAUGUCCUCGACGAAUGCGGCCAACUCGAAGCCCGGCUCGGACUAUUCUGGCUACAGCUACGGCUCCUACUCGGCCGACCAGUCCAACUACGGCAUGCAGCCGAGGUCGUACGGCAGCGACGCGGCAGGAUCGCAACUGGGCGGAUACUCGUCGCAGCCGCCCAGCGCAGGUGAUUAUACAGCAGCAGGCGGUGAUGUGUAUGCCGGUGGACCGCAAAGGGGAAACGUGUACAGUACACCCUCUCAAUCAUACCACCCGUAUAGACGAUAAACAGCCACCUUCAUUCUGCGCUCGUAAUUACCGAAUAAAAUUAAAUUUGCGUACCUACUAACUACUACAAAACAUAUGGUAUUUUUUGUGUUGUCUGUUCUGUAAUAUAAAUGGCACACGUAUUCAGAAAAAAAAAACUACAAUUUCUUUAUUAGAUAUUUUGUACUUUUAAGUAUCUCGGACUAGACAGUUCUACGCGUUCUGUAGUUAUGUGGUUAGUAUUUAGGUUCUUUCAUAUUAUUAUUAGUAAAGUGGUAUUUUCUCUAUACAGUACAUUAAUUUGUUUUUUGUACUUUUCCAAUUGCUUUUAUAAAUUACAUAUAUUAUCAAGCUUACUGUAUAACUAAAUUUAAAUUGUCGUGGUGCGUUCACAACAAAUGAAUAAAUGGUCUUAGAAUUUAA